CUUAAUGCCCACCCACUACAUCAUAAUGGGGGCUGCGCCUUGUAGCCUUACAUUAAUAUACUCUCACUAACACUGAGGUCUGUUACCCAAAUCUGACGACAUGUCCAACAUGACAACUGUAUGCUUUCUGCUGGCUCUAAUCGGUUGCGUUAGUGGUCAGUUUACACCACAGAAGCAGGUUGAGGUCAUGGACAGAGGCAGGAUUAAGCGCAUCAGCUGCACAGUGGACACUUCAGUGGAUCUCUCCAACACUCCUAUUCACUGGUACAGACAGAAACAUGGAGAGGCCUUGCAGCGCAUUUUGUACUUCGCAGCUGGUGCUUCUAAAGCCACCAACUCUGAAUCCGUCAGAUUCACUAGUGGUAAAAAGGACAGAACCUUCUCUGUGACCAUGGCAAGUGUUAACGACAACGACGCGGCCACUUACUAUUGCGCGCUGUGGCGCGGAGAUAAUGACAAAGUCUUCAGCUCAGGCACCAGACUGUAUGUUACAGAUGGCAACAUGAAGGCUCCCGAAGUGUCUGUGUACCCAAUAUCCAAUCAACAACCAAAUAGCAAGAGUGUGUUGAUGUGCCAUGCGAGAGACAUGUUCCCAGACAUGGUUACAUUCACAUGGAAAGCAGAAAACGAGAGAGGAGAAAACGUGGAUCUGAAAGAUGAGGAGAUGCUGGAGCAGAGAGAUGAAAAACAGGGGGUCAAAAUAACCAGCAUGCUCAUCGUAGACACACAGAAAGCCAACAUUUAUACAUUUACCUGCUCGGUUAAACACAGUGACAAAGACAAGAAAUUAUCCAUUCCUAAAGAUGUCCCUGUUGUGACAUGUCCAACUCCAAAACAGAAAGCACAAGCAGAAAAAGAAGAACACAAAAAAGAAGACGAUAAGGAGGAGAAGGAAAAACCUGGACAAGAUGGAUUUGAGCUCAGUCGCAGUCUGUAUCUGUUCAGUGUGACGUAUGUGAUACUGCUGGUGAAGAACAUACUGUACUUCUGUAUCGUCUCUGUCUUACUGUACAAAAGAAACACUGAAAACAAGAAGAUUCUCAGAAACAUGGCUCAGUGAUCUGUCAGACAACACGACACACCACACCAACCAAAGGUUGUCUUAGUUCUAAAUAUAUGGCUUUUUUUUCUUCCAAUUUCCUCAUAACAGGUAAUACUUUCAAUAUUAAGUGUUGAAACAAAUAAAUUUUUUAUUCUCUUUGUAUUUACUGAUGUUUCCACUCCUACUGUAUGCCUUACAACAAUAUUUAAUAAAUGACUAAA